UGUUUUGUUUCGUUGUUUUGAUUGGAAUAGAAAUAAAAAAAAAGAGGAGAUAAAUGAAAUAAAUAAAUAAAGUGAAAAACAACCGAAAAACCGAAGAAGCAACGAGAAAAAAGUUUGUGAAUAAUUAAAAGUGCUCGAAACUUAACGGAAAUAAAAAUAAAAUAAAAAAAUACAAAAAUGUGAAAAAUAUCUGAAUAAAAAAUAAAGAAUGGGCACACAACAAUUCUUCUCAUCAUCACCAUUGUUCCGAGUCGUGGUCAAAAGUCAAUUCAGCAGCUUUACGUUUAAUUUCGGCAGUUUGUUGUACAUUUUGGUGUUUGUCAUCGAACUGAGUGAGCCUGCUGUGAAAUACUCGUCACGUAUUGUCGAAACGCGCAACGGACGUGUUCGUGGCAUCAUUGUCGAUUUGGAGCGCAAGCGACUCGAAGCGGUCGAGGUUUUCCGUGGCAUUCCGUAUGGCGUGGUGCCGCAGCGUUUUCAUGCCGCACGCGAUCACGACGGCUGGAAUGGCACACUUGUCGCGGACAAAUUCGGCGCCGUGUGCCCCCAAAUGUUUCCGCACAUGCAAAACAAGACGGCGGCAUUACUGCGAAUGUCGUCGUUGCGUUACGACCACUUGAAACGACUGAUACCCGAUUUGCAGCACCAGGCGGAGGACUGCUUAAAUUUAAAUGUCUACGUACCGUCGAGAGGGAAUUUGGGUUAUGAGGCGCCGUACAGCGUACUCGUGUUCAUUCAUGGCGAAAGUUUCGAGUAUGGCUCCGGCAAUUUGUAUAAUGGAGAAAUUUUAGCUAGUUAUGGAAAUAUUAUAGUAAUUACACUCAACUAUCGAUUAGGAAUAUUAGGCUUCGGUGCAUAUCAAAGUGAUACUAGUUUAGUUAUAACCGAUAUUAUAACUGCAUUACGAUGGAUUCAAACGAACAUAAUCUCAUUUGGGGGAAAUCCAAGCGAAGUUACCUUAAUGGGACACAGUCAUGGUGCAGCAUUAGUUAACUAUUUGUUAUUAUCGAAAUUCGGAAAAGGAUUAUUUAAACGAACAAUUUUGGUUUCGGGCUCGUUGCUGAGUCCAAGUUCGCGAAUAAUUAGUCCGGAUUUGGUGCGCGAGGAAAUUUCACGACAGAUGGCGUGUCAUCUGGAUGUCGAGAGCACCGCAGCGCGAGAAAAUGCGAGCAGCAAUGAUCCAGCAAGUGCGCUAAGAGACAUAUCAAAUUGCUUAGAUCGAAAACCAAUUGAAGCCUUAUUGGGUAUUAGACUUCCCUUUGUGCGAUUUCGUCCUGCCUGGGGACUGCAUCCAGCGAUCGAUGCGGAGUAUGUGAUGGAACAUGCAGGCGAAAACUUUAUAACGUCAGAAUUAAUGUUAGGAUUUGUAACAUCAGAAAGCUACUUUGAUUUUACAGAAAAUGAGAUUAUGUUCGGUUUAGAACAGAACGAUGUGAUAAUAAAAACAUUUGUACAGAACACAUACGAUUAUCAUCUCCGGGAGAUUUACAGUGCCGUCAAAAAUGAGUAUACUAAUUGGGAAAAGCCCGUGAUACAUCCAUUCAACAUAAGGGAUUCAACGAUGGAAGCCUUAAGCGACGGACAUACUGUCUCCCAAUUAAUCAAAAUCGCCUAUUUGCAUGCGAAGCGAGGUGCAAAAACGUACGUUUACCACUUUGCACACAUGCCAACGCGCAAAGAGGGCGAUCCGCAUACGCAAUCACGUGCCGGCAGCAGCAUCCACUUGGAGGACAUUGCCUACAUUUUCGGGUAUCCGCUCGCCACGAAGCACAGCGAUUCGUCGCACGGCUACAACAAGCAAGAUGUCAGUGUGUCCGAAGCAAUUAUCACUUAUUAUGCUAAUUUCUGUAAAACGGGAGAUCCGAAUAACGCUGGCAAGGCAACAGCAACUAGCAAUAACAAUAACAAGGAACAUGCUGUUCAAAAGUCUCGUAAUUUACUGUGGCAACCAUAUGAUACCGUAACACAACAAUACUUAAGUUUCGGUAUUUUUACAGGUGUUGUUCGGAAAAAUGUCUAUCAUUACGGCAGCAGUAAUAAUCUUAAUGGGCGUCGAAAGCCUGGCGUUAAUUUGGCAUCGCACAAAGCCACCAUCGAGAUGGUCGAGUGUGUCGAGGAAGUAGAUGAGCCGGAACCGAAUGUACGCGAACUGGCAAAAGACGAUGAUGAGACUUUAAUUUUGCAAAAACUCGCUGACCGACAUUACGGUUACGCAGCUGGCAUAACAAUGAGCGUCGGAUGCCUUUUACUUUUGCUGAAUAUGCUGAUAUUUGCUGCAAUUUAUUACCAAAAGCAAGUGUCUUCCAAGCGUCGUCGCAAUUAUCCUCAUCAUUAUACGCAUUCAUCGCCGCCCGACAUUACACAAUCCACCACUGACAUACCCAGUUAUUAUAUUUCUGCCGAUUGUGAUAGUUUAGAUAUAACAAAUAGCAUAAUGAAUAAUGAUAGGGGCGGCAUAGUGCAAAAAAUGUCCGCGCCAUUAUCGGUGGCAUCGUCAUCUUCGACAGCGACAGCAGCAGCGGGCACGAUAAUGAGACAACAACAACAGGCGGCGCAACAACCGGAGAAACAAAUUAAUGAAGAACGAUUCGAGGAAAAGGAAAUGCCAACACGAAAUCCGCCAAUUGGUAUUCUUAUGAAGCACAGUAGCGACUCCGAGAGUUCAGUCAAAGGGAACAAACCGAAAAAGCGGGUACAAAUACAAACAGAUGUUUCCAUUGUUUAG